CGAAAAUCUGGCAACUAUGCAUUGCACUUGCAUCCGGCACAUUUGUCAAAAUUGUAUAGUCCAUUCUUAAUUCUUUUUGGCCUGAAAGAGGAAAUAUUUAUCUGAUAAAUGUUAUUUCAACUGGAUUUGCUGUUUUUUGAUCUUUAAUUCAUAACAGACAACCAAAAGUUACACUUAUUUUUGCUCACAAUUUUGACAGCACGUUGUCAGUUGACACCAUUUGUUUUGAUACGUCAUUUGUGUCAGAAAAUCAAAACAAAAAGAAGAAUCUUCUAUAGAAACUGAAAAAUUUCACAAUUGAACUGUGAAGAUGUUUAUUGGAUUUAUCUGAGCAAGUUAACAGCAGUUCACUUCUCCACUUCUUGGAAAUGGAUGUAUUUAACAAAGUAAUUUCGCAAGUGAGCAGUUCUGUUAGCAGUACUGUAUCUCAGUUAUCAGGUGUUCUGCCUGGGAAUCCAGUUACCAGAGAGUUUGAAUCUGUUGCACAUAUUGCUUCGGCAGGACCUGGAUUGCUAUGGAAGAUAUACAAAGGAUACAAAAGGUCUACAAAACAAGAAGCCUCAAUUUUUGUAUUUGAAAAGCGCCAAUUAGAAAGAUACAACAAGAAUGAUAGAGACAUGAUAUUAGAGAUUCUGCGUAGAGGAGUAGUGCAGUUAACAAAGAUCAGACAUCCAAAAAUUCUCAUUGUUCAGCAUCCCCUUGAAGAAAGUAGGGAGAGCUUAGCAUUUGCUACAGAACCAGUUUUUGCUAGUUUGGCAAAUAUUCUGGGCCAAACUACCAAUAUGCCUCAGCCUGCAAAUAUGUCAGAUUAUAAAUUUUUUGACAUUGAGAUUAAGUAUGGUCUCUUGCAAGUUUCAGAAGGCUUAGCAUUUCUCCACACUGAUGUUAAGCUUUUACAUAAGAAUAUAUGUCCAGAGAGUAUUGUUAUCAAUAAUCAAGGAGCUUGGAAAAUUUUUGGGCUAGACUUUUGUAUUCAUAACACAAGUCCAGGCAAUGUAGCUCCUGUCUAUCUAUUUGAGCCCUACAGCCCAUCUAUACCCAAAGCUUGUCAACCUAACUUGGAUUUUCUGGCUCCUGAAUGUGUAACAAUUCAAACACAUUCCCCAGCUAGUGACAUGUUUUCAUUGGGGAUGUUGACAUAUACACUCCAUGCUGUUGACAAGAAGUGUUUGUUUCCCAUUAAGGAGUAUCAGCAAUAUAAAGGGAGGGUGCAAGAACUCAAAAAACUUAGUACUGAUAAAUUGAACUGCAUUCCAAAAGAUUUACGAGACUUUGUUAAGCUAUUAUUGAAUGUUACACCUGAAGUUAGACCUGAUGCUCAUCAGUUUCUUAAGAUCCCUUACUUUGAUGAAGUGGGUAUAAAAACACUUACCUACCUAGACUCUUUACUUCAAUGGGACAACCUUCAAAAAUCACAAUUCUACAAAGGCCUUCCUGAGGCCUUGACAAAACUUCCACAAAGAGUGAAAGUCCAAAGGGUUCUGGCAUGCUUAGUUCACGAUUUGGGUCAACCAGUAAUGGUGCCUUUCAUCUUACCGAGUAUUUUCAACAUUGCUGAGAAUUGCACACAACAAGAGUUCUGCAUGCAUAUUUUUCCUCAUUUAAAGCCCAUAAUGAAACUUAUGGAACCUAUACAGAUUCUUCUGCUAAUGCUGCAAAGGAUGGAGCUCUUGCUGAAACUCACACCUGCAGCAGAUGUACAACAACAUGUGCUACCAAUGUUGUACCGUGGUUUGGAUUCUGAUUCACCCCAGGUCCAUGAAUUAUGUUUGUCAGUAUUACCAACCUUUGCAGGUUUACUUGAUCAUUCCAAUGUCAAAAAUAGUCUAUUGCCAAGAAUCAAGAAACUGUGUUUGUCAACUUCUACAUUGUCUGUGAGAGUGAACUGCCUUUUGUGUGUGGGCCGGCUUUUAGAGCAUCUGGACAAGUGGCUUGUAUUGGAUGAGGUGCUUCCCUUUCUGCCACAAAUCCCUUCUCGAGAGCCUGCUGUUCUCAUGGGGAUUUUGGGUAUAUAUAAAUUAGCGUUGAAUCACAAAAAAUUAGGUAUCACAAAGGAAAUUAUAGCUACAAGAGUCUUGCCAUUUUUGAUACCAUUGUGCAUUGAAAAUGGAUUGACUUUACAACAGUUUACUGCACUUACCACACUUGUAAAGGAUAUGUUUCAGAUUGUGGAAGCUGAACACAGAACUAAAUUGGAGCAGUUAAAUUCUGUGAAAGAUGAACAGAAAACUCUCGCAAGUACCGUACCAGUUGUUAAGCGCAAGAUAAAUGAAUUUGAGUUGGGCAAUGCUUUUUCUGGAUUGGGUUUAGAGAGUUUUGUCUCUGAAAGUCAGAAUAAGCAACUUUCUGAACAGAAAUCAUUACAUACUUUCGAAAAUCAAACCACAAUAGAACCCAUUAAGUCUUCAGCUACUGCUGAAAAACCACCAAAAGAUCUGUCAUCCUCUUUACUUGAUGACUGGAUUGGAACCUCGAAACCUACUUCCGACUCCUCAAGUACCCCCAAAUUGUUUUCAAGCAGUGUGAGCCAUUCAUUUGGAAUUAAUCAGAAUUUUAAUUCUUUAGCAUUGUCUAUGAAUAAUCAAAGUAUGAAUAUGCCAAACUCUCCUAAUACAUCAAAUAAUUCAACUCAUACACUCGUAAAUAAUCAAAACUGGAAUUCUUUGCCUUUAUCACCAAAUAAUAAUCAGAGUAUGGGGACCAUCGCGAGACCAAUUCAUUAUUCACCAAUGAAUGCUUCUAACAUUCAACAAAAUAUGAUAUCAGGUUAUAAUCAACAUUCGAAUACAUGGAGCAAUAAUUAUAAUCAGCAUUUCAGUCAAAAUUCCAAUCCCUGGAGCAGUAAUAAUUCAAAUGCUGGGCAGACUUGCGGACAAGAUAACUCUCAGAAUUGGAGUGCCCUUGAUAAUCUAUUGCCUACAAAUAAUAGCAAUAAUGCAAAAAUACCCAUGAAUAUGAUGUCUUCCCAAAGUAAUACAUUCCAUGGAAAUUCCAGUAACAGUCACAGGGGGAACGCGCUCUCAAAUGAUGAAAUCAUGGAUCUCUUGAGUUGAAUGUGCAUCAUAUUGGAUAGCUGAUAUUUUAAAUUAUGUAUGUAUGAAAUUGACUAUUAACGUUUAAUAAAUUGUGAAUCAGUGAAGCGCCAAAGUUUAAAACAAAGUAAAGCAUAAAUAUGUAAUGAAUACAAUCAAAGCUUCCGCACAUCAUGAAACGGAAAAGCUGAUAACGUGACAACAAUACUCUACCGGCAUUUUAUCAUUCUGUUAACCACCCAGUAUCCACUGGCAGUCACUUUGUGAGGAUUCCUGUUUCCCACUUAAUCUGUCAGUAAUCAUCCAACAGCUUUAGUACUGCACUGCUGUUAGGUACACUGGAUAGUUUAUUUGAAACGACAUAUUCAUACAGAUUGUUGUUUUUCAACAUAGCAAGGAGUAGUUCUUUUUGUAAAAUAACAUUCAAUUUAGGUAUAAUCAGUUGAAUAUGCAAACAACUGAGGGACAAUGAGUGCAAAAUUAGGGGAUCAAUUGCCGAAAUUUCAGUCCGAGUACUCCUUGAGUUAAUGUAAUCCUUGAAACCUAUCAUGUGAUUUUCAUGUUUAUAGGUCUUCAUUAUCUGGCCGAAUCAAACCACAUAUGUGUUUUAAUUGAAUCGGUCAGUCCAAGAACAGUACACGUCCAAAAAGAGUUCUGAAAAAACUCAAAAAAACAUCGUAACUCCACAAUGUGUAGAGUUACCGUUUUGGCUAUCAUACAAAAAUGGUAGUGAUUCUUGGACUUGUACUGUUCUUGAACUCAGUUGUUUUUUAGAGUGUUUUUGUACUUUUUUCAGGUUUAGCGUAUACUAAAGUCGAGGGUACUCAUAUAGAGGAUGCUAGACAUAUGAAAAAUGUUUUAUUGAGCAAAUCCAUACAAAAAUAUUAAUCAUCAUAUUGAUAUUGUUCUGGUAGAUACAUUCGGUCGCCUCUUCUGAUGAGUUUUUCAAAACUCCAAAGUCUUUAUCGCAGGGCAAGAACGAGUGCCCCCAUACUGGAAAGUAAUGAUAUAUUUUUUUGAACCGUUUGGUUGCUUGUAGAGCUAGGAGAAAUCUCACUAUAUUGUGUAGGCCCCUUAAAUCUGUUGGAGAUGCGCCGGCCACAAACAAUGUAGUUACACGUUGAAUUUGGAUAGGUGUCACACCAUAAAUCCUCAUGAAAGCUUGUUUGCAUACUGCCCCACGGUUUCUAGAGCUCUCCAAUAUAGAGUAUUUAAAACUUGCGGAUUUGGGCUUAUCAUUAGCUUGGACUUGUCCUCUACGUCUUGAAGUAGGUUUUACUCAAUGAACUGUCAACACUGAUGGAAUCGCCCUGUCCCAUUUGUACAAUGAAACGAUAAUGCGGCAAGCAUACGAC